AUGGAUAGAAAUUCAAAAUUUGAAAAAUGCCACUCCUGGUACAAAGUAGACAUCGAUGGUGACUUCAUAACAAAAUAUCAAGCCGUUCCAAUAAAGAAAAUGAGGUUAAAACAGAAGUAUCACAAACCCAUUAUCAUAUCCGAAAAACCUGAAAAAUUAGUGUAUCCUCACGGAAUAAUAACAAAUUUAUCGUCCAAUUUCUGCUAUAUUCUCGCAAUCUUACUAUUUAUCUACUGUAGUUUGGCUCUUUUUAUUCCCCAAAGAAGGAUAGCGAUUCCAGGAGACUUCCCCAUCGGAGACGAUUUGUUUAAUGGAAGUAAUGAUUCCUUGGAAUGGACCUGA